CGCGCAGACUCCCGGGCCGCAGAGACCGGCUCGGGCUCGGCCGGCUCCGGCGGGUAGGGACGCGGUGCGCGUUGCCCAUCGGCCGCACUGGCCGCCUAGUACUCUGCGAGGGGCGUGUACCCGAGCCGCGUACUGGCGGGCUCCAUGUUCACCGAGCUGAGGUCAAAGCUGAGCCCCCCGCGAGCUCGCGCCGGGGCUGUGCGUACAGGCUUCGGGGAGCGCCCGGAUGUGGACGCCACUGCCCAUUUCAGCUUCUGCCAGACCCUCCUAGAGCACACAGUGUCGGCUGAGAACAUUCCCUGCCACCUGCCUCGGACACCAGGCACCAGCCUCACCUGGCAUGACUCCCGUAGCCAGAGGGUAUCCAGCAGCAGGCCAAUCAAGCUCCUUCAACAGCCGGGCUCAGAGAUCCCCCAGGCACGGCUAUACUCUGAUCACUAUGGCUUGUACCAUACAAGCCCUUCCUUGGGUGGUCUGACGAGGCCAGUGGUCUUGUGGAGCCAGCAGGAUGUUUGCAAGUGGCUCAAGAAGCAUUGUCCUCACAACUACCUCGUCUAUGUCGAGGCAUUCUCCCAGCAUGCCAUCACUGGCCGAGCUCUGCUUCGACUGAAUGCAGAUAAGCUGCAGAGAAUGGGGUUGACCCAAGAGGCCCAGAGGCAGGAGGUGCUACAGCAGGUGCUCCACCUGCAAGUGCGCGAGGAGGGGCGGAGCCUGCAGCUGCUCAGCCAAGCUUCCUUUGGAAACAUGUCCUAGCUGCUGCCUAGUCUUGGACCCCAGACCCCAACACUGUGACCAGAGCCCACAGCCAAGGAUGAGGCAGAGCUGGCCCUACAGCCCCUUUGGAUCCUGCAAGAUACCCUAGUGGCUAAACUUAGCCCUGUGAACAGGGAGGGGACAGGACUGCCAGCUCCAGGUUCUUCUGGAGAGGCCCUAUAGGUUCUGUCCUAUGGCUGGGUGGGUGGUUGCUGCCUCCUUGAAGACCCUUCUUCUGGGAUCCAAGCCCAGGUCCACCCCCUGGUGCUGCUGGCAGCAAACAGGGCAGCUGCCUGGAGCAAGCGUGGGGUUUGAAUGUCCCCAGACUCCCAAGGAGUCUGUUUUAUUUAUGCUCCCUCCAACAUGUGACCAUCCCCCAUCCUCUGAGUCCUGAGUCCUCCCCUUAAGUGUUUCAAUUCUGUGUUUUCCCCAGGCACGUCCAGGUCAGCCACACAGCAGGACAA